UGGCCGCCGCGGAGGAUGGCGGUGCUCCUGGAGCCGACGCGGAUCGAGAAUUGGAAGAGCUUCUGGAAAGAUGCUCUCUUCGCCUCUCAAGAGAAGUUUUUCCAGGAACUGUUUGACAGUGAGUUGGCUUCCCAAGCCACAGCAGAGUUUGAGAAGGCCAUGAAGGAGUUGGCUGAGGAAGAGCCCCACCUAGUGGAGCAGUUCCAGAAGCUCUCAGAGGCUGCAGGGAGAGUUGGCAGUGAUGCAACUUCCCAACAAGAAUUCACUUCUUGCCUAAAGGAGACACUCAGUGGACUAGCCAAAAAUGCCACUGAUCUGCAGAACUCAGGUAUGUCAGAAGAGGAGCUGAACAAGGCCAUGGAGGGGCUCGGCAUGGAUGAAGGAGAUGGAGAAGGGAACAUCCUCCCCAUCAUGCAAAGUAUUAUGCAGAAUUUACUGUCUAAGGAUGUGCUGUACCCUUCACUGAAAGAGAUCACAGAAAAGUAUCCAGAAUGGUUGCAGAGUCACCGGGAAUCUCUACCUCUAGAACAGUUUGUAAAAUAUCAGGAGCAACACAGUGUCAUGGGCAAGAUAUGUGAGCAGUUUGAGGCAGAGACCCCAACAGAUAGUGAAGCCACUCAGAAGGCUCGUUUUGAGACGGUGCUAGAUCUUAUGCAGCAGCUACAAGACUUGGGUCAUCCCCCAAAAGAGCUGGCAGGGGAGAUGCCUCCUGGCCUCAACUUUGACCUAGAUGCCCUCAAUCUGUCGGGCCCACCAGGUGCAAGUGGUGAACAGUGUCUGAUCAUGUGAAACACUGCACAUUUGCCUCCUCGAUUCUCAGUCAUGGGGAACAUCUGGAGUCCGCAGAACCAUUGGGAGCUGAGGCAAGCGUGUCAUCCGUGAGAGCGAUCUGCCUACUACUCUCUGCCAUCCCAUCCAAGACUGUGCCAUACCAGUGGAGGUUUUUUCCUAGGAAUACGACCUGUUCCACAGGCCAUUUUUGUUAGCACUACCCAGUGUGGUUUCUGCUGCUAGCAAAGGCCCAGCCUAUUGAAGGAAAGCAU